UUGUAAUAUAUGGAAAUAAAAAGGAAAAAAAAUCGUAACAUUCGGAGUUCGAAGUUUCGCGGGCGUCAGAAAAAUUUACACGCAACAUGCCGGUGGAAAUCGAACUGCGAACAUUUUUUAACAAGACACCACUGUCGUUGUUACGGUAAUUCAAAAGAUCACUCCAUACAUACUGCUGUCAUUGAUAAUUUUAUAAAUCGUCUAUGAUUUCAAGCAUUCUCAUGGGAUAUUUUUUGCAGAACCUUUUAUUUAAAUUAAAUGAAUUCCCGCAUAAAUGGUAAGACGUCGAGACACACAGCAUGGAGUCAUUGUAAACGCGGCCAGUGGCAUAACAGGGGUGUUUAGAAUUUACAGAAACAUUUAGAAACGAUGCCAUUGCCGCUGCCGCCGCCGCCACAGACUCGUCCUCUGUCUAUCAUGAGCAAGCCGAUGCUCGUCAAGAUGGCUCUCGUCACGAAAACUCUCUUCGACUAUUCACUUCCUGUCUAUCCAUGAAUAUUUUUCGAACACACUUGUCCGUUACCGAUUUCAACGCGAUCGACUUUCAAACUAAUAAUAUCGACUUACACCUGCUAAACCGUAGAAAAAUCAGAUUUCCUUGAUCUGGAUAAUUGCUGUUGCCGCACGAGAUGGGAUGAAAACAGUGAUCGCGUCUGACGACAGUAGCGCCAUGGCGCCUGCCCGCCACGGCAACAGCUUACCUUUUGGCGGGAAAAUAUUAUUCAUUAAUUCUAUUUUAUCUCCUUUUGAUUGAGAUACUUCUUCUAUAAAAUUGUAUUUUAUGCUUGAAAUAUUAUAGCUGAGAAAAAUCAUUGAAAAAAAAAAAAAUUUAUUUUUUGAAAAAAGAUAUAAUUGUAAAUGCUUUAAUAUCUAUUUCAAAUGUACCGCUUUUCUGCAUGAAAUUUAUCUAUGUUCCGGCAUUGGAUCGAGUUUAGAAAAAGAAAGUUUAUGUUAAUUGAUAUCAAGAAAAUUUCGAAAAUACUUCAUUUAUUUCUGAAAUUAAAAAAUGGCUGAUGAAGAAGAAGAGAAAGAAUAUAGAUGGGAGACUGGUUAUGAAAAGACAUGGGAAGCUAUCAAAGAAGAUGAUCAUGGAUUAUUGGAAGCAUCAGUUGCAGAUAUUAUUCACAAUGUUAAAAGAAAACGUCAAAUGGAAAAAAAAGUUGGUGCUAGAUUAGGAAUGAUGAGGCAUCUUUAUGUAAUUCUUGAUGCUUCAGAAUCAAUGUCUAUUCAAGAUUUAAAACCAACUCGUUUUUUAUGUUCAUUAAAGCUUUUAGAAGAUUUUAUUGAAGAAUUUUUUUAUCAAAAUCCUAUUAGUCAGUUAGGGGUAAUUAUUACAAGGAAUAAAAGAGCAGAAAAAGUUAGCGAAUUAACUGGAAAUUCUAAAAAACAUAUUAAGGAAGUACAAAGUAUGCAACAAAUUACUCCAGCAGGUGAACCUUCAUUACAGAAUUCUAUAGAAUUAGCUUUAAAAUCAUUACGUCUUCUACCAUCACAUGCUAGCAAGGAAAUACUUAUAAUAGUGGGAGCACUUACAACAUGUGAUCCAGGAGAUAUUAAUGAAACUAUUAAAAAUAUGAAAUCAGAUUCUGUCAGGUGUAGUGUGAUAGGAUUGGCUGCUGAAUUAUAUAUUUGUAAAAGAAUGGCUACAGCAACUGGUGGAGAGCAUGGUGUUGCAUUAGAUGAUAAACAUUACAAAGAACAAUUAAAUAUGCAUAUAGAUCCACCACCAGCUGCUACUAGAUUAGAUGCUGCUCUUGUAAAAAUGGGUUUUCCUCAUCAUGCAUUACAUUCUUCUACAAAUGAUUCAGCUAUGGCAGUUUGCAUGUGUCAUGCAGAAAGUUCAGAUGAAUCUGUUAAACUUCUUAGUACAGGAUAUCUCUGCCCUCAAUGUCUAAGUAAACAUUGUGAGCUUCCAGUAGAAUGUAGAGCAUGUGGAUUAACUUUGGUAUCUGCUCCACAUUUAGCACGAUCUUAUCAUUAUUUAUUUCCUGUUGAACCUUUCAAAGAAGUUGAAUAUAAGAAAGAAGUUACAUUUGAACAUCCUUCAAUUUGUUAUGGCUGUCAAAAAAUAUUUUCACAAAAAGAUAAAAAGAUAUAUAUUUGCAAUAAAUGUAAUCAAACAUUUUGUUUAGAUUGUGAAAUAUUUAUUCACGAAUCUUUACAUACAUGUCCAGGCUGUGCUACUAAUCCUGAUACAUAUCAAAAACCCACAGAUAGAAUUUAAUUUAUUUAAUGUAUGUAAAAUAAAAUUAAUAAUUUUAAUAAUUUUUUAUUUUAAUAAUUUAUUUUAAAUGAAAUAUUUUAAUAGAAAAUAUUAUAACUUAGGACCAGUUUUAUAUAUGAAGAAUUUUUAUAUUGUAAAACUAAUUGAUAAUACAUAUAAAAAAUAUUGUCUCUUAUUAAAGAGAAAUGAAUCAAUGAAAAGACAAUAAUAACGAUAAUAAAUAUUUUUUUCUUUUUUU